AACACAGAAGAAGAAGGAGGAGUAAAGCAGUAAAGAUGGCGGAAAAUAACAGCACGGAACGUACGGAGGAUGCCAACAUGGAUAAAAAUGUUGCUCCUGGAGAAUCUUUGAUGGUGAUCACCGUCAAAACCCCCAACGGAAAAGAGGAAAUUUCGAUUUCAGAGGAUUCUUCUGUCUCCCAGUUCAAACAGGAGGUGUCCAAAAAGUUCGAGGCCCCGCAGGACCAGCUGGUCUUGAUAUUUGCAGGAAAGAUUCUGAAAGAUGAGGAUUCUUUAAACCAGCACAAAAUCAGAGAUGGCAUGACCGUUCAUCUUGUCAUCAAGACUGCACCGAAAUCAACAGGUGAUGGAACAUCUCAGACAAGUUCCAGUUCUGCAGCGCCUCAAAAUAGCAGCAGCAGCACCAACGCCACUGUAGCAGACAGAGCUGGAAGUGGCACGAGUCAGACACCAACAGAGCCUGCUAAUGCAAUGAGUGGACUCGGUGACCUGUCCGGCUUGUUAGGCAUGGGCAUGCGUUCAUCCAGCUUCAUGGAGAUGCAGCAGCAGGUGCAGAGUCAGCUGAUGUCCAACCCACAGAUGAUGUCGCAGAUGAUGGGCAGCCCCCUGGUCCAGAACAUGAUGUCCAACCCAGACCUGAUGAGACAGAUGCUCGCAGGCAAUCCCCAGAUGCAGCAGCUCGUGGAACGGACCCCGGACGUCUCCAGCAUGUUCAGCAACCCUGACCUCAUGAGACAGAUGCAGAAUCCUGAAACACUGUCGAUGCUGACCAACCCCAGAGCCAUGCAGGCCCUGAUACAGAUCCAACAGGGCCUGCAGACCUUACAGACAGAAGCCCCGGGAUUCAUGUCCAGAUUGUCUCCCGGAGGUCUCGCGGUUCCUCCAGCCACAGGGGGCAGCAUCCCCCCAGAGAUCCCUCAGCCGCCUGCCAUGGCAACCGGAUCCAGUCCCCUCUCAGCCACCAGUUCCUCUCAGCAGCAGCUCAUGCAGCAGAUGUUACAGAUGUUUGCAGGCGGAGGGCCAUCACUCCAGACCCCGGAGGUUCGUUUCCAGCAGCAGCUCGACCAGCUCAACACCAUGGGCUUCAUCGACCGCCAAGCCAACCUGCAGGCACUCAUCGCUACGGGAGGGGACGUCAACGCCGCCAUCGAAAGACUGUUGGCCUAACCCACUCAUUUCCUUCUCGGGGUUGAGGGUGGAAGACUGGUAGAGUUGGGGACUGGCAUGGGCGAUUUGAAAUAAGUUAAUACAUAAACACCAUCCUACAUCAAAUAAAUAAGUCUGACCUGACACCCAGAUAGACGCAGUGGUAUUCCAAUCACUUGUUAUCUCUUCAGCUGAUCUGUAAAUCAUAGGAAGGAUAAACCGGGGAGGAUGGGAAAUCCUAGUGGAAGGAUGUUGUUGGUUUCUAACAGAAGUGCUCCUAUGCUAAAGCUAAAAGCCACGUCAGAUAAGAUAUGAUAAGCCUUUAUUGAUCCUAAAGGGGAAAUUCAGGUGUUGCAGCAGCACAAAGACCGAAACAAUUACAUAUAAAUAGAAAAGUAAAAAUAAAGCAAAUAAUAGGUAUAUACAACUACUAAACUGUGACAUGUGAAUUUCCCUCCGGGGAUAAAUAAAUGUGUGUAUAUAUAUAUAUAUAUAUAUAAAUGUAUCUAUCUAACACUAUCUAGCUUGCAAUUAAAGACAAAGUUAUGAGGUAACUAAGUGACAAAUUAAGGUGACAAGUUACAAGGUGAAGUGACACGGUUGAUUGAUAGCAGCCUGUCUAGUAUAUAUGUAAAGAAUGUACACCAGAAUAAUAUAUACUGUGAUUAACUGAUGGAGUGUAUGUAGUACUGCUACAGAGAAAUAACGCAACAACUCUCCUUGUCACGACCAAUGAGUUCCUCCUGCCAGGCCAGUCGGAGAUGAAUUCAGACAUGACAAGUGCUCAUUCACUGGAUGUCUGCACAAAGUUACCAAGGAAUUCAUUCUAAUAGUUACUAAUUUUCCAUUCAUUUUAACAGAUUUUAUGUGGUGGUUGUUGUUGUAGUGAUGAGAUGAUGGUCUUCUGUGCGCUCAUCUUGUUUUUACAUGUUUUUUUUGUUUGUUUUUUUUUUCUUUCAAUUCUCUUGCCUGGUAUUUAUUUAAGUUAUCUCUUCAUGGAACUUUUUCACCGUGGCAGGUUCGUGACACCUUGUAUUUCUCCCCCAAAAUGUUUCUCAGUACUGAUUCUUGUGGUGGUUUGCUCUGCUGCCUAAAUGUUUAGAAGGAGGACAAAGUGAAAGUUUUCGGACUGUAGGACCAAGUGUGUGUAAUGUGUGUGUGGAUGAGGGUUGGACAAUGUGACAUUUAAAGAUAGUGAGAAGAUAGAGACCUUUCAACUGGUAGAUAAUUUGCUACAUUGAGGUAGUCUUUGGAACGGGUUGAUUGGACCCCAAACGGCUAUAGAUUUAUUAUGAUGCUGUUUAGGUAGGACAAAUAUUAAAUUAAUAUUCUAACUCAUUGUACCCUGAAAUAACUUACAAAAGGCCCCAAAGCACUUAAAACAUGUUCAUCUCAACCGUAUACUACUUAUUGUUUACUUCAGAGGAAAACAUUGUACUGCUACAUUUAUCUGACUGAGAAAUGUAACCAGUUACAUUACAGAUUCAGAUUUUACUCACAAAGUAAUUAAUUAAAAUAUGAUGCAUUGUUAUUAAUUAAGCUAUCCAUCUUGAAAUUUAGAUUUUCAAUUGCUCUGUUUAAUAUCUCUAGUUGUAUUGCCGAUAGUGUUUCCAGACUGUGAUAUUGGAUUUACAGAAUUUUCCUGGAAUACAUUUGUUAGGUUUUUCAUUUGCAGAAUUAGCCGAAACGGUCAUUUCCAUCAGAUUGUUUUAAUCUAUAAAUUAUUCUACAAUCACAAUAUAGCCUUAAAAUUUACAUAUACCAUGUCAGAGGUUCAUAUCACCCACCACUAGUAUACACCGUCAUUGAAAUUUACUUUCUUAGCCAACAGGUGUGGUUCAAGUUGAUUUCCUGUAGACGAACUGUGUAAAAGUAAAUAAAGUAAAUACACUUGCA